UUCGUGGCCGACGCUUGCGCCUUGCGGUGUAUUGUGGGUUUCUUUUGCGGAUCGGUGCUGAGGCUAUCCCGUCUAAAAUAAAAUAUUCAGAAGGUAGCGUCAGCAUCCAGAGCAAGAUUUUCGAGGUAUUUCAAUUACUCGAACUCACGUUACCGAAGUUUGGAUAGUAAAAGACAGACCCGGAGAAAAUAGAGCGGAUUUCAUCGUCCUUCCCCUUCAUGGUUCAUCAUGAGUGAUUAUUCAGCGGUCGCUCCGCCACAAAAUUUCAGUCAAAGUUCUGCAUUUGCAGCUGCCCUGCAACGCGCCAAACAGAUUGCAGCUAAAAUAAAUCCAGCAGGCUCCCAAGGUAGUACCGAACAAAAGUUGAAGCGUCCUCUUGAAGAUUGCCCAGAGCCAGAAGCUAAAAAAGUGGCGGCUUUAGUAGCAGAACCCCUGAUUGGGCUACGGGGGGGCCCGCCCACUGGUACUUCUAUCAGUGAAGCUGCAGCUCAAGCAGCUGUAGCGGCUAGAGUAGCUGUUCAAUCAACUUCGCCUCCUGCCGUCAUGGCUGGAAUGGGAGGUAUCUGUAAUGAGGAUAUUAGAGUUCCAGAUAAAAUGGUUGGGCUGAUAAUUGGUAGAGGUGGAGAACAAAUUACAAGAUUGCAAAGUGAAACCGGAUGCAAAAUACAAAUGGCACCUGAAAGUGGUGGAUUGCCUGAGCGAGUCUGUACUCUGACAGGAUCCAGAGAAGCUGUCAAUCGUGCCAAAGAAUUAGUCCUUUCAAUCGUUAAUCAAAGAAGCAGAACGGAAGGAAUUGGUGAUAUGAAUAUUGGCAGCAGUAGUGGUGGAGUAAUCAGCCACCCUGGGUUUGUUGAAAUAAUGAUCCCAGGUCCUAAAGUUGGUCUGAUCAUUGGCAAAGGAGGUGAAACAAUUAAGCAGCUGCAAGAAAAGUCUGGGGCUAAGAUGGUUGUUAUCCAAGAAGGCCCUUCGCAAGAACAAGAAAAACCAUUAAGAAUAACAGGAGAUCCACAGAAAGUUGAAUAUGCCAAACAGUUGGUCUAUGAACUAAUAGCUGAAAAGGAAAUGCAAAUGUUUCACAGAGGAUCGCAAAGAGGAGCAGAAAGAGGAGGUGCCAAUUAUAAUAACACCGACAACGGAUUCAAUCAAGGUUCUCAGAAUACUGACGGAGUUGAGGUACUUGUACCUCGAGCUGCAGUAGGUGUUGUUAUUGGAAAAGGUGGCGACAUGAUAAAAAAAAUCCAAGCGGAGACGGGGGCCCGUGUGCAAUUCCAGCAAGGCAGAGAAGAUGGUCCAGGUGAUCGAAAAUGUUUACUUUCUGGGAAGCAUCAGGCUGUAGAACAAGCAAGACAACGUAUCCAGGAUUUAAUUGACAGUCGACGGGAUGAUGGAAGAAAUCCAAUGGCAGGGGGUGGUCGAGGCGCUGGUGGACCACGUGGUAAUGGAUUUGGCAGUGGCCGAAAUUCUAACGAGUUUGGAGGUGGCUGGGAUAGACGCCAGGGUGGACCUAUGGGCCAGGAUAAGGUUGAAACAACAUUCACUGUGCCAUCGACUAAAUGUGGAAUUAUAAUUGGCAAAGGUGGUGAAACCAUUAAACAGAUCAAUCAACAAACUGGAGCACACUGCGAACUUGAUCGGAGGAAUCAGAGCAACGAAAAUGAGAAGAUUUUCAUCAUCCGUGGAAGUCCAGAUCAAGUGGAGCAUGCAAAAAGAAUAUUCAGCGAGAGACUUGGAUUGAGUCCGAGCGGAGCUCCCUUCUCUGGAGGUCAAGGUGCUAUUGGAUACAAUCCAAAUUGGAAUUCUGGAUCAGGAUAUCAAUCUUGGCCGAAUCAAGCUCAAUCCAAUGAUACAAGUGGUCCAGGUGCGGCACCCGGUGGGGUACACGUCAAUCCACAAACGGGGCAACCAGAUUAUAGUGCACAGUGGGCAGAAUAUUAUCGGUCUCUUGGCAUGCAUAGAGAAGCUGACAUGAUCGAACAACAGGCGAAACAAGGAAAGCCAGAUGCAGCGCAACCACAACCAGGAAAUGCUCCUAGUCAAGCUAAUCCAGCACCUAGUGGAUCUGCAGGAGCUGUUCCACAACCACAACAACAACAACCACAAAGUGCAGCACAAAAUGGAGGACAGGCAGAUUAUAGUGCUCAGUGGGCAGAAUAUUACAGAAGUAUUGGCAAAGUUAAGGAAGCUGAGGCCAUAGAGGCGCAGAUGAAGGCCGGAAAGAACGUGGAUUCUUUUCAGUUGGGCUUACAAGGAAAUCAGCUGGCACAGCCUCAAAUGCAACAAGCAUUACAGGGGCAAUCAGCUGGGCCACAAACCGGAACCCCAACAUCGUUUCCUCAGAGUUAUGGUAGCUAUCCAGGAAUGGGACCAGGAUCUGCUCCAGCGGGUUAUUAUGCCGGUAGUACGGGUUCUACGACCCAGCCGCAAUCAGGGCAACAAGCUCCCCCCUUUCCAGCUGGCUAUCAGAAUUAUUCAUAUUCCCAGCCAAACUCCGACAACUAAGCUUCAACGUACGAAAGAUGAGACAGAUAAUACAUGUGGUUCGCCGAAUGCUAUCAGCACCCAUUAUGGUGUAUUUGCAACUGUGUUUUAAACAAAAAGUACAGGUUAUUAUCAGUGUGGCAUUGAUUUUUUCAUUUAUUUAUUCAUCAAAUAUAUACCUAUAUAUAAUAUAUCAUGUGUACACUGUUACCCAGAAAGUAUCUGCAAUUAUUUUGCCUUAAUUGAACCAUUGUUGUGGAAUCUUGAAGCAAAUUAAUAAAAUUGGAAAUGUCUUGUUUUUUAUCUGAAAGUAUUGUCAGUAAGCCAUUUGAAAAUAUUUCGCCAUUUAGAAUUUGCACUUUUAUCACUCAUUUAUACUAUAGCCCUCUUUUCCCCACGGUUUGUUUUAUUUUUAUUGUUGCAGUUGUUACUUCACGUCGCAUCACUUAUAUCAUGGCCAUAUGUAAGCUUUGCUAACUGUUUGUAUGUACUUCGUUUAUUCAUUACAGCGCCAACAUACAUCACUUGCAGGCACCGAUGAAUAAGUGCUAGAUAUCGAUCCGCAGUAUGCUGCUAGAACAAGAAUGCAUCAGUCUCCAGUUCAAUGUCAGGAAAGGUAUAAGAGAUGACUACUCGAUAGAGUAGCAAAACAUAAUCACACGUUUACCAUGAGUCAUUUUGGCUACUAUGUGACUUCCGACAACCAAUGGUUUAAUUUUUUUUUUAAUACUUGCAAUAACUUUCUGGAUAUCAUAUAUGUACGCUCGUAUCAUAAUUUGACAAUCUCAUAUUGAUUAUUAUGAAAUUGGCAUACUUUGGCACAUUCAGUUAGUCCGUACCGACAUUUCAUUUAUUAUAAUUAAGUAUCUAAUGGUAAUAAAAAUAUUAAAAAAAAGGAAACAAAAAACAAACAACAGAAACACUGUCUUGUUUUGUCUAAAACUGUAUUAUUAGGCAGAAAAAACGUGCAACAUCCCUGUCACUUGAACUUUUACCGAAGUUUGAGUCGUUCUAAAUUUGCGCAUCAUGAGCUUUCCCAAGAUAUAUUAUGUGUAACAAAUAGUAUCUAAGAACCAAAAAUGAACAGAUGAAAUAGUGUGAUUGGACUAUAUUAUGAAGGAAUAAUUUGUGCAUUGGGUUACAAAAUUAUCCUGCUCGAAUCAAACAAUUCUAUCUUGCUAGAUUUCAAUAGCUUCAAUUCUGUUUAAAAAAAAAACAAAAAAAAUGCACAACUCUACUUAACUCCUUUAUUUGAACCUUGUCUUUUGAAAUGUAUGUUCACUUACCUCGAUUGAAUGCAACUUCUACAACUCUGUGCGUGAGUAAAAUCGAACACUUCUUCCUGACUGUGUUGCCUGAUAAUUUAGCGCAUAACAUAGUCCAAUCACCAUUUAUUCUAGAGCUCAUUUUCAGUUUACGAAUAAAAAUGAUUAUGUAUGGUACACACAGCUUUCUGAUUUACAGUAAUGUUUCCGAGUAUGUCCUCUUCUGAACAUCGCUUACCGGUUCAGCGAGUAAAGUGACUGUAGAGAAAAUUUUGAUUUCAAAAGAAUGAAUGUUAAUCUCAUUCUUAGAGACAAUCGAGUUGCAGCUUGCGAAGCUUCUUGAUAUGUAGCUUCUCGAACUGCAAUACAUAUAUAUCUGGAAAGAACGCCAAGCUAAUCGCCCUCGCUCUACCUUCAAUCGAUGUUACGGUGGUGUGCUAAGUACCUUCUCUGGCCCGAUAGCAUCCGAUGUAGGCUCCAGUUGAUAGGACUCUACAGUUAUUAAGUGAUGCAUAAACCCUAUAUUUAGUCAAUGCCUAACAUAAAUUUUGAGGUAUGACAAAUUAACAGCUUGAAUUGGGCGAGUUGUUCAACUGUUAUUGAUUAGUAAUUCUUCGAACGAUACUGCUAACAUCUAGCAUAUCGUUAACAUGAAUUGUUGAUAGUGUUUUCUAACUAUAGUUGGGUAUUUAUUCAUACCUCUAAAAAGUGGCCGUCCAACGGUGACGAGUAAGGUAUACAAUUCUACUGGAUUUUAUGGCACUCUCUGUUAGUCUCAUUCAAUCACAUCCACAAUUUGAAGCAAAAAAUAGUGAAUGAUUUGAUAUAAUUUGAAUGAAGAACUGGUCAUAACUAAAUUUUUAACCAACCUAAUUCCAGACGUGUACAAUAUUAAAUAAUCUUACAAAUCGUAAUCAUGAAUUUUGAUAGUGCUUUGCAGUAUGACACAAGCCAGGGUAAUGGAUCAAAAGUUGUCAAAUCAAAUUUUUGUCAAACAGUAAUGUUUUCCUCUAUUAUGAUCGUAGAUCAUAUGCAAAAUUCUUAUGAGAAAAUUUUUUGUUAUUGUAUCAUACUACUAUUUUGGUAAUCAUCAAUUUAAUUUUUUGUCUGACAUAACGUGUCAAGAUUCCAAUGAGUGUAAUAACACAUUGGUACAUGGGGUGUGUGCAUGAGUUUGCAGCUCAAUGGAGCAAAGAGAAUAUAUGAGUUAUUGAUAUCAAUGAUUUUUAGAAUUAAUAAAAAUUGGGAUAUUUGUGGUCAUCUGAUUCCUAAUGAAUCAAAAUAGCAAUAUACGUGAGCUGAGAUGUGUGGUAAUACUUGAUAAAAUAAUUGAUUUCUAGUUCAAUUUCAAAAAGCUUAUUAAAUGUGACACUAAAUAGUUCGGAGACGACUGUAAAAAAUGGCUGAUACAGUAUUUCGUGUGAGAUAAUGAAAGAAUUCAUAUAGCGCUUGACUUCAACAAGACUUGGUAUAUGAAGAACGAAGAGCAUAUAGAAAAUAAAGAUGCAAGCAAUGCAUAAUAUUCCUGUGAAGUUGAUGUGAGCUAUCAUUUUUAAUGAUUGUAUGUAUUGUAAUGAAUUGUUUAUUUCAGAUAGAUUUCAGAUAGCUUUCCAUUGGGACAUGGUUAAUGCUGCUAUAUCUUCGUGUAAUAUUCACGCUGAGAGUUAUGAAUUGGCUACAAUGAAAAAUUAUACCUCAUUUCAUGCGAUCAAUAGUACUGACUAUGUCUUAUACUACACGUAUAUAUACACACAUAUAUAUAUAUAUACAUAUAUAUAUAACAUAUAUAUCUCAACAAAUAUUAUCCAAAAUGCUUCUUUUCAUAUAUUGUAGAAUACGAUUUAUGUUUUAAUUAUAGGUAAUAAGGCAAUCUGAAAUUUAUUGAAGUCAGUAGGGUAAAUUAUUCCUGAUAUGCUGUCCAUCAGUGUUUCAUUUUCUAUGAUAUGUAUUUGUGUUCCAUAAUACAUAACUGUAAGAUGGAUUAAAAUUACCAGGGGAUGCAGCAGAUGAAUGAAAAAAGGGAACCAGAGCUCAACUAAAAUCUAUAUAUUUCAUCAUAUCUCUAAUUUCAAAUGCCUACUGUAGAAUUUCACUAAAAUAAUAUUAUGAUACAAAACUAAUGCAAUAGGAUAUUUGUUCGUCAAUUAUUUUACAAAAAAUAUAAUAACCGUUUUGUUUAUCAAUGAUAGAGAACGUUAAUACUUACAUGAGCCCAUGUUGACAUGUUUCCAUGCAUAAGUAGGGAUAAAUUGUUCAAUAUUGACUUGUAUUGCCGAUAAUAGUUUAGUUAUACUAUGUAUGUAUGCAAAUGAAUUACAUUAUCCUGUUCAGUGCACUAUGGUAUUAUAUCAGAAAAUACAACUGUGACUUAUU